AUGACACUCGCUAAUAGAGGAUGCGCAUUUGGGAGUGCCCUAAAAAAUAAUGCCUUUUGUCCCGAUAUCAAGGAAAAACUAGGGCUUGAUGCUCCCGGCCUCACAAGGGCAAACCCAAGAACGAGGGCUUUUAUAUCGGCGUCUUCAGGAAGAACAAGGAUAUUCGCUCUUCCUCCUUCCAAAUCGUCUAAUUCUUCAUCAGCUCUUGUUGAAUACAUGUCUUCCAAAUCAAAUCAGGAAGAUGAGGACCUCGAGAUGGACGACUUUGUAUUGCCCCCAUCUGAGUCAACUCGAAUCUUGAAGGACAAGGAAAUAAUUUGUGUGAAAAGAAAAGAAAUGGCUUUGGUUGAAGCAAUACAGGGGGCAGAUGCUGAGUUUGAUAAGGAAACUGGAGGAUGCCAAAGUGAAUCUGAGGAUGCUAAAGAUGAAAAGUUGGAAGAUGAACCUUCACCUAUACAAACAACUUCCAAGAAAAUAAAAGCCUCUAAAACAUCUAGGAGCUCAAAGAAGAAGAAACACCGAACAGUGAUGGAUGUUGUUGAAGAUGAAGUUGUGACAGAGGAAAACAACAUUAAUAAUGACAAAUUUUGUCCCAUGAAAAUCAUUAAACCACGCAAGAAGAAGGGAGUGCUGAAACAAUCCUUGUAG